UGCUCUUCCUCUCCCUCGACCCUCUGCACCCGACGAGCUCCCCCCGUUACCGCCACCCAUUUUCCGGCCGAAAAUCCGGCAAAGCUUGGGGAUUUCUCCCUAUUUUCUUGUUUUAGAACACUUGUUGAACCCAGAAAAUCCCGAAUCUACUCUGGUCUUCUUUCCCUGUCCGCGAGCCAUUUCUGUUGGGUGCGAUUCUUGGGCUUUUUCUGGUAAGAUUUAGCCAUAAAUCCCUCUCUUUAACCUCGAUUUAGGUUGGGUUUACUUUAAUUGCUUUAUUCCCUUCCAAUUUGGAGGUAGCCGUGAGUUUCCCCUGCAGAUGCCGCCGACUUCUUCUCCCUGCCAGCUCCGAUUUGCUUGCUGGAAUUUUGGUUCCCGAUCGUUCUGUCAGUUAGCACUGAGAUUGAGUGCUCGGUUUUAUGCGAGUGACGUAAAUGAGACUACUGAACUAGUUUUCUUCUGCAUUAACGGUUUGUCAGGAAACGUUUUGUUAUUGAACUGAAUCUGAUUUUGCAUUGACGGUUUUGUCAUUGAACGUUUUGCUAUUGAACCGAAUUUGAUUUCCGUAUUAACGGUUUAUCAAUGAAAGUUCUAUUAUACUUACGUGGUUUAUCUGGCAUGCUAAAAGUUUUACCCAAGGGCUAUCCAUAUUUACUUACUGAGUUAUCUCAUAGUUUUCCUUGUCCACCAUUUCAGGAAGCGAUACCGAGGAUGGGGAAACCAAGGGGAGUGACGAGUUAGAAGGCUAGCCAUUUCGAGAUUGAUAUAGAUUUUAGAAAUAAAUGUGAUUUUGUAAGUUAAAGUGUAUUUGGAGAUUUAUGAUAUUAGAGCAAAUUAUAAAAUUUGAUCUUCAGA